CGGGCCGGGCGGGCGGAACUGCGCAGCGCCAAGAUGGCGGCGGCCGCGGUCGGAGUCUCCUUGAGGGGCCGAGUCCCCGCGCGGCUGCUGCGGGCCGGGCCGCGGGCGGUGCUGCGGCAGGCGCAGACGGCAGCGGCGGCGGCGCCCCGGCUGAAGAAAUUCGCCAUCUACAGAUGGGACCCCGACAAGGCCGGGGACAAGCCCCGCAUGCAGACCUACGAGGUGGACCUGAACAAGUGUGGGCCCAUGGUGCUCGAUGCCCUGAUCAAGAUCAAGAACGAGAUGGACUCCACGCUGACCUUCCGCAGGUCCUGCAGGGAGGGGAUCUGCGGCUCCUGCGCCAUGAACAUCGCUGGUGGCAACACCCUGGCCUGCAUCAAAAAAAUCGACAGUGACCUCAGCAAAGUCACCAAAAUCUACCCCCUGCCCCACAUGUACGUGGUGAAGGACCUGGUUCCGGACCUGAGUAACUUCUACGCCCAGUACAAAUCCAUCCAGCCCUACCUGAAGAAGAAGGACGAGUCCCAGGAGGGCAAGCAGCAGUACCUGCAGUCCAUAGAGGACCGCCAGAAACUGGACGGGCUCUACGAGUGCAUCCUGUGUGCCUGCUGCAGCACCAGCUGUCCCAGCUACUGGUGGAACGGGGACAAGUACCUGGGCCCCGCCGUGCUCAUGCAGGCGUACCGCUGGAUGAUCGACUCCCGCGAUGAGUUCACGGAGGAGCGGCUGGCGCAGCUGCAGGAUCCCUUCUCCCUGUACCGCUGCCACACCAUCAUGAACUGCACCCGCACCUGCCCCAAGGGGCUGAACCCCGGCAAAGCCAUCGCCGAGAUCAAGAAGAUGAUGGCGACCUACAAGCAGAAAGCAGCGACUGCCUGAGGGCUGAGUGACCCUGAGUGACCCUGAGGUGACCCAGAGUGACCUGGAGUGACCCAGAGUGACCCUGGAGUGACCCAGAGUGACCCUGGAGUGACCCUGGAGUGACCCUGGAGUGACCCAGAGUGACACAGAGUGACACAGAGUGACCCUGGGAUGACCCAGAGUGACCCAGAGUGACUCUGGAGUGACCCAGAGUGACCCAGAGUGACCCUGGAGUGACCCAGAGUGACCCUGGAGUGACCCAGAGUGACCCUGAGUGACCCCGAGUGACCCUCUCGGCUCCUCAGGGCAUUCCCCUGCAAUAAAGGCUGUAAAGAACA